ACAAAACCACACCAUAUUUCACACCAUUAAACACCUUUGUGCUGUUAGAGCACUAAUCAAAGCUCGCUUCUUAGCAGUUGAGGAACAUGCAGUCAAGUCAUCAGAGCAUUCACCGGAAUAUAUCUGAUAUAUCGGUUUGAAACGUGCUCUCAAAAACGACAAACUCAACGCAAAGGACACAACGCGAGGUGAGGUUUAUGGAUCUGAAGGUGGGAGGAGUUUGAUGGUGUGGGUGGUGAAGAAGAAGAAGAGGAAAGCGAGGAAAAGGACAUGGCUUCUGCCUUUUCUGCACCCAUCUGUUCUGAUGGUGCAGGUGGAGCUCUAUUCACCCAUCUCUGCAUGUGUGUGGAGUAGGAGGGAGGGGGGAAGGAAGAAAAGGGAGGGCAGAGAGAAGGAGUGAAGAGAUGAAGGGGUGGGAGGUGGAGGGGGGCUCCUGGUGAUCUCUCCUGAAGGGGAUAAUAGGAGAGCGACGCAUUGCAAUGGCUGCCGUGUAGCGCCCUCCCUACCCAAUUAGCCAAUCAGCGGUCGCCUCUGACUGGCAGAAGGACACAUAAAAGAAGAACAUUGCAGCAGAGGCACAGAAGGAGACUGUGAAGAGCUGGGAAAUACACACAUACACUAGCACGCACACACACGACAACAGAACCAGAACACCCUCCUCUGGACACACCCUACUGGGGAUCACUGCUUCUCUCUCUCUUUUUUUUUUUUUUUUUUUUAUUUCUGAACCAUCGCCCACGCCGCACAGGGAGAAAUCUCUCUCGUCCUCAUCAUCAUCAUCCUGAAGAAAAUCCCUUUCUCCUCAUUUUCACUCUGCUUGAGGAACACCUACAAUCAGACGGGCUGAGAAUCCCUGAAGACAAGGCUCUUUUUUUUCUUUUUUUUUCUUUUAAUUUCGGAAAAAAGCGACGUGUUUAAUCGAGCCACGCGUUUUAAAAAAAAAAGAAAAAAAAAAGACCAGAGCGAAUCCUCCAGCGAGCCUGAAGAAGACCUGCACAUCGAAGGAGCUAGAUCACUAUCAUCUUUGUACAAGAAUGGUUACUAUAAUCAGCACCAUGGAAACUCAGGUGUCCAAUGGUCCGAGCGGAACCAGCAUGCCUAACGGCCCGGUCAUCAGCACCAACGGUGCCACAGACGACAGCAAGACCAACCUGAUUGUCAACUACCUGCCUCAGAAUAUGACCCAGGAGGAGUUCAAGAGCCUGUUCGGCAGCAUCGGAGAGAUCGAGUCCUGCAAGCUGGUCAGAGACAAAAUCACAGGUCAGAGCUUGGGCUAUGGCUUCGUAAACUACGUUGACCCUAACGAUGCCGACAAGGCCAUCAACACGCUCAACGGUCUCAAACUGCAAACAAAAACAAUCAAGGUAUCCUACGCCAGACCCAGUUCAGCCUCCAUCCGUGAUGCUAACCUCUAUGUUAGCGGACUACCUAAGACCAUGAGCCAGAAGGACAUGGAGCAGCUGUUCUCCCAAUACGGCCGUAUCAUCACCUCCCGCAUCCUGGUUGACCAGGUCACAGGCAUAUCACGAGGAGUGGGCUUCAUACGUUUUGACAAGAGAAACGAGGCCGAGGAGGCCAUCAAGGGCCUGAACGGCCAGAAGCCCCUGGGAGCUGCCGAGCCAAUCACUGUCAAGUUUGCCAACAACCCAAGCCAGAAGACAGGCCAGGCACUGCUCACCCAGCUCUACCAGACCGCCGCUCGGCGUUAUACAGGACCCCUGCACCACCAGACUCAGCGGUUCAGUUGUCCAUCUCUCUUCCCCAGGUUCUCCCCCAUCACCAUCGACAGCAUGACCACGCUGGCGGGCGUAAACUUGACGGGCCCCACUGGUGCCGGCUGGUGCAUCUUUGUCUACAACCUCUCUCCUGAGGCUGAUGAGAGUGUUCUGUGGCAGCUGUUUGGGCCGUUCGGUGCAGUCACCAAUGUCAAGGUCAUCCGUGACUUCACUACCAACAAAUGCAAGGGCUUUGGCUUCGUCACCAUGACCAACUACGAUGAGGCGGCUAUGGCCAUUGCCAGCCUUAACGGCUACCGCCUUGGUGACCGUGUGCUGCAGGUUUCCUUCAAGACCAGCAAGCAGCACAAGGCUUAAGGAAGAGAGGUGCGGCCUGGCCGUUACCACCCCCCAUAUAACCUAAAAGGGGGAGGGGGCACUAAGCUUCCCCGCACAUUCACUCUACAUGGGCCUGGACCGAGUCUCUCUUUGACACACAUUUAUCUCACACACACACACACACACACACCCAUUACAUGCACAUAUACAACACACAAACACACAUUUAGCCAGAGUCUCCAAAAAUGACAAACACCCAAACAUUUUUGGUUUCUCUUUACAUGACAUGCGAAUCCUUCCCUACAUUUGCCUGGAUUGAAUGAGUAGAAGUGGGUACUCGGUGAGUGGGUGGGGACUGUUUUGCAAGGGACACGGUUUUAAUGAAUGUGACGCAGAAUGUGUGCUAAGUGCUUCGGUUUAAUUCAGGCAAAUUAGAAGAAUCACUGAAUUGAAAACUGAGAUAUAUAUCUAUAUAUAUCUAUCUAUAUAUAUAGAUAUAUUUGCAACUUACCCAAAUUCUUGCCCCAGUAUCUCUCCUGUAUUUAUGGAGAGUAUGUAGUCACUUUUUUUUACACUUGGGCAUUUUGAAUCAGUGGAUUUUU